GUCCUGGAGCCCACCUCGGGGAGCCCGGGUGAUGGUGUCGCCGGGCUGAGUGCGGGGACACAGCAAGGCCAGGGCCAUGGAGGGGCACGGCCAGGAGGCCUACGAGGAGGGGAUGAGAAGGAGCCUCGACCCUGAGGGAUACGAAGACCACGGCAUAAAAGGAUCCCACCUGUCUUUGGGGGAGAUGAGCACUUCGUCGGUGACUGAUGUGGACCUGGAGGCGGCAGGGAGCAGGAGGCCCCUGUCCCGACGGGAGACCCAUGAGGGCUACGUGGAGCUGCAUGAGCUGGUCAUGGACACCACGAAGGAGCUGUGCUGGAUGGAGGCUAGCCACUGGCUCAAGCUGGAAGAGGACUUCAAGGAAGCAGGACACUGGAGCCAGCCCCAUCUCUCCUUCCUGACCUACCGCAGCCUCCUGGAGAUCCAUCGGGCUUUGGCCAAAGGUGCUGUGCUCCUCGAUGUGGCAGCCACCUCGCUGGCGGCCGUCGCUCACGUCCUCAUUGACCAGAUGAUCUAUGAGGGGCAGAUCAAACCGCAGGACCGGGACGACAUCCUGAGGACGCUGCUGCUGCAGCACAAACACCCCAAUGAGGCUGAGUCAGUGAGGACCCUGCCACCAGCACAGCUGCAGCGUUCCGGUACCGGCCGGGCAGAGACGGAGCAGCCUCUGCUGCGGGAGCAGCAGCCCCUGGAGAUGCGCAGGCUGGCGGGGACCGAGCAGGGGACCAGCAAACCCCAGCUGCCUGAGAAGAUCCCCGAGGAUGCUGAGGCCACGCUGGUCCUCGUGGGCUGUGCAGCCUUCCUGGAGCAGCCAACGUUGGCCUUUGUGCGCCUGAAGGAUGCUGUGACACUGGACGGGGUCCUGGACGUGCCCCUGCCUGUGCGCUUCCUCUUCGUGGUGCUGGGCCCUGACAGUCCCCACAUCAGCUACCACGAGAUCGGCCGUGCCGUGGCCACCAUGAUGUCUGAGAGGGUCUUCCGCCGGGACGCCUACCUGGCCGACAGCCGCCGGGACUUGCUGCGGGGGGUCGAAGACUUCCUGGAAGCCAGCAUCGUCCUGCCACCCACCGAGACCCCCAACGAGCAGCUCCUCCGCGGGCUGGUGCCGCUGCAGCAGGAGCUGCUCCGCCGCCGCUACCAGCCCCAGGAGAAAGCUGUGGGCGAAGCCUUCCUGAAAGACCUGGGGCUCGAGGAGCCGGCGGUAGAGGACGACGACCCCCUGCGCAGGACGGGGAGGCCUUUCGGGGGGCUGGUGAGGGACAUCCGCCGCCGGUACCCCAAAUACCUCAGCGACAUCAAGGAUGCCCUCAGCCCCCAGUGCCUGGCCGCCGUCAUCUUCAUCUACUUCGCGGCGCUGUCCCCUGCUGUCACCUUUGGAGGCUUGCUGAGUGAGAAGACCAAGGGCAUGAUGGGGGUGUCGGAGCUGCUCGUCUCCACCUGCGUGCAGUGCGUCCUCUUCAGCCUCCUCAGCGCCCAGCCCCUGCUCGUGGUUGGCUUCUCAGGGCCCCUCCUUGUCUUUGAGGAAGCCUUCUACUCGUUCUGCAGUGCCAAUGGCAUGGAGUACAUUGUGGGCCGGGUCUGGAUUGGCUUCUGGUUGAUCCUGCUGGUGCUGGUGGUGGUGGCCUGUGAGGGCAGCUUCCUGGUGCGCUACCUGUCCCGCUACACCCAGGAGAUCUUCUCCUUCCUCAUCUCCCUCAUCUUCAUCUUCGAGACCUUCUCCAAGCUCGUCACGAUCUUCAAGGACCACCCACUGCAGCGAAUUUAUGAUGUGAGAGCCACGUACGAGCCCAAGGUGCCAGAGCCCAACACAGCUCUGCUGUCCCUUGUCCUCAUGGCUGGAACCUUCUUCCUGGCCUUCUUCCUCCGCAAGUUCAAGAACAGUGCCUUCCUGCCUGGCAAGGUCCGGCGACUGAUUGGGGACUUUGGAGUGCCCAUCUCCAUCCUCAUCAUGGCUCUGGUGGACUUCUUCAUCCGAGACACCUACACGCAGAAACUGAGCGUCCCCAAAGGGCUGGAGGUCACCAACUCGUCUGCCCGGGGCUGGUUUAUCAACCCCAUGGGGCUGAACCAGGUCUUCCCCAUCUGGAUGAUGUUUGCCUCUGUGGUGCCUGCCCUCCUGGUCUUCAUCCUCAUCUUCCUUGAGACACAGAUCACCACCCUCAUUGUCAGCAAGCCAGAGAGGAAGCUGGUGAAGGGCACUGGCUUCCACCUGGACCUGCUGCUGAUCGUGGCCAUGGGGGGGCUGGCUGCUCUCUUUGGCAUGCCCUGGCUCAGCGCCACCACCGUCCGCACCAUCACCCACGCCAAUGCCCUCACUGUCAUGAGCAAGACCUCUGCUCCCGGCGACAAGCCUCAGAUCUUGGAGGUCAAGGAGCAGCGCAUCAGUGGCUUGCUGGUGGCAGUGCUCAUCGGUGUCUCCAUCCUGAUGGAGCCCAUCCUGAAGUACAUCCCCCUGGCCGUGCUCUUUGGCAUCUUCCUCUACAUGGGCGUCACCUCCCUCUUUGGCAUCCAGCUCUUCGACCGCAUCCUGCUCUUGCUGAUGCCACCCAAGUACCACCCCAGCGAGCCCUACGUCACCAGGGUGAAGACUUGGCGGAUGCACCUCUUCACCUUGAUCCAGAUCAUAGUCCUCGUGCUGCUGUGGGUGGUGAAGUCCACCCCAGCCUCGCUAGCGCUGCCCUUCGUCCUCAUCCUCACCGUGCCCCUGCGGCGCUUCCUGCUGCCCAAGAUCUUCCAGGACAUCGAGCUCAGAUGUCUGGAUGCAGACGACGCUGUGGUGACCUUUGAGGAGGCAGAGGGCACAGAUGUGUACAACGAGGUGCAGAUGCCCAGCUAAGGGCUCACUGCCACCUGCCUGACCCCUGGAUGCCCCCACACCCCCUGGCCCCCCACUUCCCCACCAGCUUAUCACACCAUUGCCACCAUCCUGGGGCCACUGGGUGACAGGGGACAACUUGGAUACAUAGCCAAGAGCCCUGUCCCCACCUGCACACCCCACAAACAGAGCUUUUUAUUUGUUUUUCUCCUUUCCCCCCCUUUUUUUUGUUAAAUAUUUUGUAUGCUGUGGGCUCACCUGCCCUUUGCUACCUGCUGGGGCUGCCUGGGCUGUGGGGGGGGGUCUGGAUGCCUGUGCCCUCUGUCACCAUCCUGUCCCUAAAGCCAUGCCAGGCUGUGACCAGGCACUGAGCUGCCCCAAGACCCAAGAGAGGAGGAAGGCAGGGAGGGGGUGACAUGGAAGGGACAAAGAUGCAACAGGAUAAAGGGUCCCCCAGUUCUCCCCAGCCCUGCUGCCUCCCCCAGGGAGCCCUCCCCCUGCCCAGCCACUCUUCCCCAGACCAGGCAAUGAGCACUGGGACAAAUCCUUUUCCCCAUCAUUUUCUCCAGCACCUCCUGGGGUCAGGGUAUAAAUAGUCCAAGGAGGGAGGGGUUUAUAGAUUUGCUACAAAGAAAAAGCUAAACCACCCCCCCCAAAAAAAAAAUUUAUCUUGAUGCUUCUGCAGGUAGGAUUUGCUCAGAACCAAACAAAAAUUCUCCCCCCCCACCAAAAGGCUGAAAAAGCAUCUUGGAAAAGAAAAAAAAAAUGAGGAUAAAAGGAAAAAGAGGGGAAAAGGAAAAAAAUAAUUAGGAGAAAUAGAAAAGGUGGAGGGAAAAAAAGAAAAAAAAUGAGAGGAAAGAGAAAAAUGGAGGGAAAAAAACAUUUGAGAGAAAAUAAAAGACAUGGAAGGAAAAUAGAAAACAUUUGAGGAAAAACAGAAAAAUAGGGAAAUUUGAGGGAAAAUAGGAAAAAAAGUGAAAAAUUAGAGAAAUUUGAGGGAAAAUAGAAAAAAGAGGAAAAAAGAAAUAAAUAAGGAAAAAUUAUUUAAAAAAGAAAAAACUGAGGGGAAAAAAAGAAAAAAUGGAGAAAAAAGAAAAAAAUGGAGGAAAAAAGAAAAAAUGGAGGUAAAAAGAAAAAAAUGAGGAAAAAUAGAAAAAACUGAGGAAAAAGGAGAAAAAAUGGAAGAAAAAAGAGGAAAAAUGGAGGAAAAAUAGGAAAAAAGGAGGAAAAAAGAGGAAAAUUGAGGAAAAAAAGAGGAAUAUUUGAGAAAAAAAUAAAAUUAUGAGGAACAAAAGACCAGAAUGAGGAAAAAAAAAAAAAGAAGAAGAUCAAAAUGAGGGAAAAAAAGCCAAAAAAAUAGCAUCUGCAAGGAGUGAUUUGUAUAUUUGUAGUUUGUAAUUUAUUUUUUGAGGCUGACUGUGCCCCCAGCUCGGGGGGGGGGGGGGGGUGUUGUGUGUGUGUGUGUGUGUAUAUAUGAGAGAGAAACUUAUCUUAUACAAAAAAAAAGGAUUAUUUUCUAGAGAAGUUGAUUUUAAAGGGUCCGGGUCAGGGCCUAAACUCUAUGGACCAGUCUGGCAGCAUCAUUUAACUGCUGAAUUAGUUUUAGUCUCAUUAUUCUUUAAUUCUUUUAUUAUUCUUUUCUUUUUCUUUUUCUUUUUCUUUUUUUUGGUAGCCCUUUCAGUUAAAUCCUUGUAGUUCAUCCUUGAUUUUUUUUUUCCUCCCCCUCACUUUGCAGCCCACUUCCUGCCCCAUUUCCAUGGGGGAGCAUCUCUCCUGCUCCUGCCAGGGAUGAUCCUACCCUGCUCAGACCCCAGGGUCAGUUCCAGCCACCCAAUCAAGUUGCAAAUUUGCUCCUUUUUUUUUUUUU